UUUUGUUUAUACUCUAUAGGUUCACCACGUCUGGAUUAUAGUAAAAUGAAUAAAUGAUUAUAGCAUGGCAGAAGGCAGGACAAAAAAACAGACAGGUGAAAUUCUGGAAUCAAUAGAGGAACUUACUAGGCUGAGAGAUUUUCUUCAAAGUCAAAUUGACGAUUGUUCAGUGAGAUGUUCCGCUGCAAAAUGCACAAAUGAAGAAGAACAUAUAUCUGGUAACAGUUUAGUUCAAAAGAUUGAGCAAAAACGAGCUGAUGUGCUUGAUGAAAAAGCGAGACAAAUGUUGAAAGAUGAUGUAGUAAAAACAUUACUCUAUUCUCGCGAAGCUCUUCAUUCUGUAUAUCCAAAUAUGUUUCCACCGCUCAAUGAAGAUCAGGAACUGUCUGCAAGUCUCAGGACUAACAUAAGAGAAAAAUUGGCAAAGCUACAUGAAACUAAUAAAAAAAUUUUAGAUUUGCAAGAUAAAAAGACAAAGUUAAGACAAAGACAUCAUCAACUUGAUUUGGAAAUACGAAAGAUUAUCAGUGAAAAUAAAGAAAGUAUGAACCUUCUACAAAUUUCAAAUAAGACAAAUAAUCAAGAAGUACUAAGGCGGGAGUGUGAACUCAAAUAUCCGGAGGUCCAAGAAGCAAAAGUAGAUCUUGAAAAGGAGGUCAAACAAUUGAGAACGGUGAAAUAUAUUUUCCAAUGUUUAAUACAAGCUUCGAAAUUAGACUGGUUUGAGGAUAAGGAACUGUAUGAACUCGUCAUUCAGCUUGGACAAAAUGAUGACGAUUUGACCGAACCUGGAGAUUGAGUUUCAAGAUUUUGCCAUCUUGGGAUCUCUUUCUAUAUGGUAGUGGGAAAUCUGACAUAGCUGGCUCAUGCAGAGGCGCUAUUCGACAGUUACAACUUGGCCAUAGUUAUGUACUGUAAAAACUACCGGUAUGUCACAUGCCUGAUGAUUUAGUUACACUUGCUAAUUUCACUAUAUGAUGCCAUUGCUGCUUUACAUGUCAAAUUUUUUUUUUAUUAGCGAAAUAUUUUGUAUACAGUUGGUGUGUACUUUCUUUAUACAGCGAUGAAAUAGUGGAAAGAAUAAAAAAUUUUAUAUGGCGAUAAAAUAAAGAGAAGAAAGAUAACCUAAAG